AUGGACUCGCCCCGUUCUUAUGAUCUUUUUAUUGGACCUGAUCAGUAUGUUCUAUAUAAUGCAAGCUCAACAGCUAAGGAAAGACCACUUGUAAUCGAUCGCGUAACGACAACUCUUUCCAUAUCAAGUAACUUUCCACUCACCUCCUCAUAUUCAGAGUAUGACGUAUAUCAUUAUGAAGGUGUCAUGCCGAGACCAACAAGGAUCUAUGGCAUUCUGGGAACCAUGCGCCUUCUUUCGGGCCGCUUCCUAAUGACAAUCGACAGGUGCGAACUUGUUGGAAAUUUAUUUGGUCAUCAAAUAUUUCAAGUAACCUCUGCAUCCCUCCAUCCGUUUGCUAAAUCAAUGAGUCAUCUCAGUGCCGUUGAGAUGGAAGCUGAGACUGCUUUUGUCAAUAUGCUCACGUUUAUGCUGCAAAUGAAGGGAAUGUACUUCUCAAACACUUACGAUUUGACUGUCUCUCAGCAACGUCUUUCUGAAUUUGGUCCAGAAUGUAGGAAUAUGAGUCUUUUUGAACGAGCUGAUAAACAAUUUUUGUGGAACAACAUCCAACUGCAGGACUGGUCUCAAGUGCUUGAAGCGGCUGCGGAAAGCAGUGGAUUACCAUUUAAUAUCUCCAACUACCUCACCCCAGUCAUUCUUGGCUUCGUUGGGAUCCUAAAGGCUUCAAACUCCCCUGAAUCCAUUGGCCGCGUUGCCAGCUACGCUGUUAUCUCGCGUCGAGCUGUGAAUCGGGCUGGAACUCGUUAUUUUGCCCGUGGUCUUGAUUCCAGCGCCUGUUCGGCGAAUUUCGUGGAGACGGAGCAGCUGGUCUACCUCCCACCCAAUCACAUAUACUCCUUCGUGCAGAUUCGUGGGAGUGUCCCACUCUACUGGAGCCAACGUCCUACAUUGGAGUACAAACCGGGAAUCAAACUAGGUCGCUCUGAGCCUGCUAGCUCGUUGCCCAAUUCCCAGUACGAGCCGCAGUCGCUGGCGGAUGUGGAACCGAUUCAGAGAGACAUUAUUCAGCGACACUUUCGCGACGUCUGCUACUUUCUUCACUAUGGAAAGGUGAUUGCGGUAAAUCUGUUGGAUCAGACCGGCAUGGAACGUCCUCUCUGUCGGAUGUAUACCCUGGCUUCCCUGGCGGUUGAUUCAGAGGAGCUGAAAUACGAGGCCUUUGAUUUCCACAGAGAGUGUCGAGGGCUUAAGUGGGACCGGGUACAUACCUUCAUUGAUCGACUGGAACCGGAACUCGCUGCUAUGGGCCAGUUGAGGUUGUCUGCUCCGAGCAGCCGGGAGAGUCUGCAGGACGCGGUAGUGUUGACUCAACAGUGUGGCGUCUUCCGCACCAACUGCAUCGACUGCCUUGACCGCACUAACGUGCUCCAGUCGGUACUGGCACAACGCGCCCUCAUUGCUGCACUGCGUGAAGCUGACAUCCCCACUACUACCACAUCGGCGAGGGAGGUGGAGCUGUGGCCCGGUUUCGGGAUGGCGUUUAGGACGCUCUGGGCCGACCAUGCCGACAUGCUCUCCCUCCAGUACUCCGGCACUCCCGCCCUCAAGACCGACUUCACCAGGACUGGUAAACGUACCUUUAAAGGCAUGCUAAUGGAUGGCUACAACUCGCUGGUGCGCUACUACCUCAAUAACUUUGCUGACGGAUUUCGGCAGGACGCCUUUAACCUCUUCCUCGGUCACUACGAGAUCUUCAACCCGGUGACUGGGCGGGCAAAAUUGCCGUUACCACAACGUGAGCGACAGAGUAUCCGGCGUCGUUUCUUGCCCUUCUUCCUUGCCUUCUCCAUCUCCAUGUCAGUCCUCUGUCUGCUUUUUCCCUCUGUUGAUUUGACCCAUCGACUGACGUACUUUGCGUUCUGGGGACUGGCUUCAGCCUUCUCUAUGUCCACCAUCCUCUCUAAAGGCCAGGAAUUUGUCAACAAUCCCCGCUUCCCUAUGGAGUAG